AUGAGUUUCUUGUUUGGCGGUCGCUCGAACAAAACGUUCAAACCGAAGAAAAACAUUCCUGAAGGCACACACCAGUACGACCUAAUGAAGCACGCCGCGGCAACCUUAGGAUCGGGGAACUUGAGGCUAGCAGUGAUGCUGCCUGAGGGAGAAGAUAACAAUGAGUGGGUAGCUGUCAACACCGUCGACUUCUUCAAUCAAAUCAAUAUGCUUUACGGUACUAUUACCGAGUUUUGCACCGAAGAGUCUUGUGCUCUGAUGUCCGCAGGACCAAAGUAUGAGUACCACUGGGCGGACGGUACCACGGUGAAGAAGCCGAUCAAGUGUUCAGCGCCAAAAUAUAUUGACUACUUGAUGACCUGGGUUCAAGAUCAGCUUGAUGAUGAGACGAUAUUUCCGUCUAAAAUUGGUGUGCCUUUUCCGAAAAACUUUAAUUCAAUUGCGAAAACCAUCUUUAAGCGACUCUUUCGAGUUUAUGCGCACAUUUAUCAUCAGCAUUUCCGCCAGGUUGUCGAUCUUGGUGAGGAGGCGCAUCUGAACACCAGCUUUAAGCAUUUCAUAUUCUUUGUGCAAGAAUUCAAUUUAAUCGACAAACGUGAGCUGGCGCCGCUUAAUGAAUUAAUUGAAAAGUUGACCGGUGGUCACCAGCCAAUGUCAUCUCACUCGAGCAAUGCCCACAGCCAGAGCAACAUGAGUAUUAGCACAUCGACAAGCGGCAGCAACAACAACAACCACUUUGCUCAUUCUCAGACGAGGGAGCAGUUGGAUGCCAAUUUUCACCAACUGACGCACCAGUUUCUCUCACAGCAGCAUCACUCUUUUCAGCAGCAAGCACAAACACCACUUCCGCCUCUUCCGCCACAGCAGCAACCCUCUCGGGUACCUCCAGUUCCGCCGCCUAAUCCUUACAAGGUCAACUCACAGUAUGGUUCGCCGAUGGUUCAUCAUGGCGCUUCCUUUCAGCCGCAAUCGCAGCAGUUGCAAUCUUCAGCACAGCCAAUGGCUUCGCUGCAGUCUAGUGGUCCGUAUCAAGCUAACACCCAACACGGCCUCCCUGCCCAUAUUAUGUUUCAGCAACAACAGUACAGUUUAGGGAAUGAUGUAGUGAAAUUUUACAUUAAAAAGGUAAAAAAUAUGAGUAAUGUACAAAAUAGUAAAAAUCAUGCUGAUGGUGAUGAAUAG